UUCCUCGUAGGUGUUUCUCUGUGACUGGAUGUAAAGUUCGACAAUGGAGAUUUAACUAUUUGUUCCGUAAUUUAGUACGACACCUAUUCAUAUAUGUCGCCGGAAGGCUCGUUUUGAGGCUGGUCUGCGUGCUUCAGUAGAGUAGUUUAGCUAUACGCUGCAGUGCAAUGUUUACUGCAAUAUGGAUGAUGGAUUUCUCUUUAUAUGGCUUAUUGCAGUAUUCCCUGCUCCUGGCGCUGAUCGCCCUACUAUUGGUUUGUGUCUUUGCACAUGUCAGUGCUAACAUGGUAGAUCAGAGUCGCCAUGAGAAGGAGAAACACUUCUUGACUGCAGAUGGCAAGAAGGAGUCUUUUCCCAGUCUGAUGGACCCUCCAUCGCUGGAGCUGUCCGUGGUUGUCCCGUCAUACAACGAGGAACUCAGAUUGCCUGUUAUGAUGGAUGAAGCUAUGGAAUACCUGGAGAAAAGACAGAAGAAGAAUCCAUCAUUCACCUAUGAAGUUAUUGUGGUAGAUGAUGGCAGCAAAGACAAAACUACAGAGGUUGCCAUGAAAUACACAAAGAAGUAUGGAGCACAAAAAGUGAGAGUUUUGACGUUAGUGAAGAACCGUGGAAAAGGCGGUGCAGUGAGAAUGGGAAUUCUAAGCAGUCGCGGACGCCUCAUUCUUAUGGCUGAUGCAGAUGGAGCCACUAAAUUUGCUGACAUUGAAAAGGUUGAAGAAGGUCUUGAGAGCAUCACUGAGAAGCCUGAUAACAUGGUGAUCUCCUGCGGAUCCAGAGCUCACCUUGAAGAAGAAGCAGUGGCUCAGAGGUCUCUGUUCCGAACGUUCCUGAUGUAUGGAUUCCACUUCCUGGUGUGGUUCUUCUGUGUGAGAGGGAUUAAAGACACACAGUGUGGUUUUAAGCUCUUCACCCGUGAAGCUGCCAUGAAAACCUUCUCCAGCCUGCAUGUGGAACGCUGGGCAUUUGAUGUGGAACUUCUCUUCAUUGCUCAGUGUUUUGAUAUUCCUGUAGUAGAAGUGGCUGUUAACUGGACAGAGAUUGAAGGGUCAAAGUUGGUGCCGUUCUGGAGUUGGCUACAGAUGGGCCGGGAUCUAGUCUUUAUUAGACUGCGUUACCUCACUGGCGCCUGGAGGCUGGAGUCUGAGAGAAAAACUCAGUAGCUGUUGUUACUGCUGGUGUGCUGUUCGUGAGCGAGCAGGAGCCAUCGGUUGAGCGCCCAUUGCCACCAAUGAGUGCACUGUGAAUGCAGUCGAUGAACAGCAUUAGCAUUUUAUCACUGACAGUGCCGUGACCACAUAAGGGGAUGGUCCUUGUAUUUUUUUUUUUUUAUGUAAUAUUGCUGUUUUACAUAUUUUCUUUUACAUACUGUAUUAGGUUUUGGUUUGAAAAGGGGCGGAUGGUUCUUGGCCAAAUAAAAAAAUAUAUAUUAUCAGUG